UUAAAUUUAUCUCCUUCUUCCAAUUUUUCCUUCACUUUUCCACUAUCCAAACAUAAAUCUCCCCCACUCCUCCACGUUCCAAGCCUCACAGUUCUUUCAUUUUUGAACAGCGAGAUUUUAUAUAUUCAACCUCCCGGUUACGAUAAAUAUAUCUUUCGUGCACAUUAAAUACAUUGAAAUAUCCACAAUGGAUCGUGUUGCGUCACACGAGACCACGAAUGGCGGUGUGUUAAUGGGAAAGUUGUGUCAAGAUCAUCAUCAUCAUCGCGAUCCGUUGAACUGGGGAUGGGCUGCGGAGUCUUUAAAGAGGAGCCAUUUAGAGGAAGUAAAGAGAAUGGUGAGCGAGUAUCGCAAGGCGGUAGUUCGACUCGGGGGAGAAAGUCUGACUAUAGGGCAGGUGGCGGCGGUUGCCAGCCGCGACAAGGGAGUGACAGUGGAGCUGAGCGAAGCGGCCAGAGGCGGCGUCGAAGCCAGCAGUGAGUGGGUGAUGGAGAGCAUGGAAAAAGGAAAGGAUAGUUAUGGAGUCACCACUGGUUUCGGUGCAACUUCUCACAGGAGAACGAAGGAAGGAGGAGCUUUACAGAAGGAGCUCAUUAGAUUCUUGAACGCCGGAAUAUUUGGAAAUGGGACAGAAUCAUCCCACACAUUACCGCAUACUGGAACAAGAGCUGCAAUGUUAGUGAGGAUUAACACACUCCUCCAGGGCUAUUCUGGCAUCAGAUUUGAGGUUCUUGAAGCAAUCACUAAAUUUCUUAACCGCAACAUUACUCCUUGCUUGCCUCUACGUGGUACCAUUACUGCCUCUGGUGAUUUAGUCCCCUUUUCCUACCUCGCCGGCCUCUUGAUCGGCCGUCCCAAUUCGAAAGCUGUCGGGCCCUCAGGGGAGUCCCUAAAUGCUACUGAGGCCUUUCAGCUCGCUGGAAUAGAUGGAGGCUUUUUUGAGUUGCAACCGAAAGAGGGUCUCGCAUUGGUUAAUGGAACAGGAGUUGGGUCUGGAUUGGCUUCUAUAGUGCUUUUUGAGGCUAACAUUUUGACCAUUUUAGCGGAAGUUAUGUCUGGGAUUUUUGCGGAAGUUAUGCAAGGAAAGCCGGAGUUUACCGAUCAUUUGACACAUAAAUUGAAGCAUCACCCUGGGCAAAUUGAGGCUGCGGCCAUAAUGGAACAUAUUUUGGAUGGCAGUGCUUAUGUUAAAGAAGCAAAAAGGUUACAUGAAAUGGACCCUCUGCAAAAGCCCAAGCAAGAUCGAUACGCUCUUCGUACUUCGCCACAAUGGUUAGGUCCUCUAAUUGAAGUGAUUCGAUCAUCGACUAAAUCUAUUGAGAGGGAGAUUAACUCUGUAAAUGAUAAUCCAUUGAUUGAUGUUGCAAGGAACAAGGCUUUACAUGGUGGCAAUUUUCAGGGUACCCCAGUUGGAGUAUCUAUGGAUAACACAAGAUUAGCAAUAGCCUCAAUUGGAAAACUUAUGUUUGCGCAAUUCUCAGAACUAGUUAAUGAUUUCUACAAUAAUGGCUUGCCUUCAGAUCUCUCAGGUGGCAGAAAUCCAAGUUUGGAUUAUGGAUUCAAAGGUUCUGAAAUAGCAAUGGCUGCCUAUUGUUCAGAGCUCCAAUUUCUAGCCAAUCCCGUGACAAAUCACGUGCAAAGUGCAGAGCAACACAACCAAGAUGUCAACUCUUUGGGCCUAAUCUCUGCAAGAAAAACAGCUGAAGCAGUGGAUAUAUUAAAGCUCAUGUCUUCCACUUACUUAAUUGCACUUUGUCAGGCUAUAGAUUUAAGGCAUUUGGAGGAGAACUUGAAGAACACGGUUAAGAACACAGUUAGCCAAGUGGCUAAAAAGGUGCUAACCAUGGGGGUCAAUGGGGAGCUCCAUCAAUCAAGAUUCUGCGAGAAAGACUUGCUUAAAGUGGCUGAUCGGGAGUAUGUAUUCGCUUACAUUGAUGAUCCAUGUAGCCUAAAAUACCCACUGAUGCAAAAACUAAGGCAUGUCCUUGUUGAGCAUGCAUUGAAGAACAAUGAAGAUUUGAAGAAUGAAAAUGCUUCGAUCUUCUUGAAGAUAAGCAGUUUCGAGGAGGAACUGAAGACCGUUUUGCCAAAAGAAGUUGAGAGUGCAAGAGAAGGUUUGGAGAGUGGAAAUCCGGCCAUUUUCAACAGGAUUAAGGAGUGCAGGUCUUAUCCAUUGUAUAAGUUUGUGAGGGAAGAGUUGGGAACUAACUUUUUGACAGGAGAGAAGGUUACUUCACCAGGUGAGGAAUGUGAUAAGGUUUUUACAGCUAUCUGUGAGGGCAAAAUUAUUGAUCCACUCUUUCAAUGUCUUAAAGAUUGGGAUGGAACUCCUCUUCCCAUUUGUUAAUGGCUUUAGCUAGAGGAACAGAGACGUCGAUAAUGCCUCUGCCGAAACGCAAAGCUGUUGUGUGCAUCUAUUUCUUUAUUGUCGUUAUGAUUCUUCUUUAUUUUUCCUCAAGUUUAUAUUCUGCUGAAUAUGUACAAACGGAACUAAUAAAGACUCCGUUAAUCAA